AUGAAAGAAGGAAAGGAGGACGCGAGGAAAAGAAGCGGGAAAUUGCGUAGAUACAGACGAAGAGGAAAGCAAUCCCUCUUAUCACGCUCAUGCCCCCUUAGCUUCUUAGUCAAGGUAUCUCAACCGUGCAGUUGCUAUCAACUAAUCCCUUUGCCGGAAUGUGUACUUGGAUUACUGCCUGGGAUGGAAUCGCUGUACUACACAGUAGCAGUAUCUCCUGGUGUAACCAUCCAGGAUCUCUUAGACGCACUAUUCGUGAACCGGAAAUGGCAGAUGGAGUCGACCGACCACAAGUUGGUCCGAUUCGGUCUCGUCUGGAAGGUUUUCGAUAUGGUAGCUCUGAGGGGUUUGGACCCUAGAGUUCCCAUUCUAGGUCCUUCAGCCGGCUAUCCAGUUGCGCUGUAUGGAGGUAUGGGGCGCUUUCAAAACCCCUUGAUUAAGAAGUUGAGGGAGCCUCCGAUCCUCUUUCGUGUGCAACGGUUAAGAGUGGAAAACCGCUCCUCUAACUUGACCGCUUUGAAUUGGCCUGUGCCCGUUGAUGAAUCAUCAAUCCAUUCAGCCGUCACGUCAGCCGAGAAGACGGACUUGCUGGCGCGCAAACAGUUAGUUUAUUCGAAAACAUCUGUGCCCGCAGAAGCAAAGGCGAAAAGACUAGCGUCAUCUUUGUCUACUUCUCUUCCUCAACCUACAGGUAAUACCUCACAGCUCCUUCCCUGCUCUGCUCUUGCUGUCGUCCUUGAUGCUGGAUAUCUUACACGCAGACUUGUUGAAGUAGUUCAACACAUUGUUGUACGCAGAACAGAUUGUGGCACUACCCGAGGGAUUUCUAGCCUCCAGCAUAUAGGCCUAUCUCACUUGGAUUCUUCUCACGAAUUGGAUUUGAACCAAUAUCUCCGGGCGACUUUCCUUUUAGUCGAUCGUGAGUGGGUCUCAUUCUAUCCAUCACGGUCAAGCUCCCGUAUCAGGGCUUUGGAUUCGUUGUAA